AUGAGAGAAUGGGCUCUAAUUUUUAUCAGCGGAAUUUCAUGUCAGUUCACGACUGUAGCUUUUUUUGACGAGUUCACGACAAUCGAUACACCUGAUCUGACAACAACAACUAAUGCGCCAACAACUACUACAACAGGAACAACAACUAGCGUCCCAACGACUACUAUAACUACUACAACAGGAACAACAACUCGCACCUUCGGGGGCACAGAAGUAGCGUUUACAACUGCCGCUUUUUUUGACGAGUUCACGACGAUCGACACACCUGAUCUGACAACUAUUGAGCCAGCAACUCCUUCAACAGGAACAACAACUAGCGUCCCAACAACUACUAUCCCUACUACAACAGAAACAACAACUCGCACCUUUCAAGGCACAGAAGUAGCGUUUACCACUGCCGCUGUUUUUGACGAGUUCACGACAAUCGACACACCUGAUCUGACAACAACUAUUGAGCCAACAACUACUACAACAGGAACAACAACUCGCACCUUCGGAGGCACAGAAGUAGCGUUUACCACUGCCGCUGUUUUUGACGAAUUUACAACAAUGGACAAUCUUGAUACAACAACAACACUAGCAACAACUACUUCUACUGGCCUUGGAUCCACUGUUGGCUUCACUACUGAUGUUGUUCCCGAUGAUGAGUUUACAACAUCUGGCGGCUUAGGAGGCGCGCCUGGAACAACUGAAAUGAUUUACACAACAAUGCUCCCAACAACUACAACAACACAAAUCACAACAACUACUACAGAGCUUCUCACGACGACAACAUCUUCGGCGUCAACUAUCGCAACUGAUACGACUUCAACAACCUUUCCUGAGUUUGACACUGACACAACAACUGCGGUAAAUGGAGAUGCAGGUGCUACUGGAAUCGAUCAAUAUGCACCAGGAGCAAAUGCAGGAGAGCAAGUUUCGAUGAUGCCAUACGGAGAUGAUGAUCAAGCAGUUGCUGGCGCUUAUGGCGAUCCACAUUUCAUGGUCCGAUCAGAGCACGGAGAGCCGAUCUGUUUCGAUUACAACCCUCUUCUUGCUUCUAAUAAUAUGCUUCUGCUUACUGAUCCACGAACAUCCCUUACUGUUCUUGCAAAACCAGAAGAGCGAGGCGAUACUGGACGACUCUUCAUGAGUGAAUUGACCAUCAUGACACCAAAUGCCGUUACUUUGACAAUCAACUCUGCUGGUAUUUUCCUCGACGGAGAAAUCGUUUCAGAAGUCGGGGCAAAGAGUGGAAUCCAUGUCACAUCCGAUUUGACUUUCAGAACAACCUGGGCGAAAGACGGUAAUCACGAGCAUACAAACGUCGAAAUCGAAGACGGUCCAAUUUUCUUGAUCAAAGGAAAUCUCAAGAAGGAAUCGCUUUCCUUUGCGAUUAUGGAUGCUUCUGGAAUCUCAAGAAAAGCAAAGGGAAUUAUCGGAGGUUUUAUUGCGGACGAUUCGUACAUUAUCCACAAGUCUAACGAUACACCCACUCUUGGAGUUGUUCAAGCUGGCAAAAACUAUGCAUCCACUGAGUUGAAGCACUACCAUCGCGAAGAAAAAUGCUGGGUCAUCGAUGAAGAAGACGCCCUUCGAAUGAUCAGCAAAGUUUGA